AUGGGACUCGGAAUUGGAAUCACAGGAUUUCGUCAAAGAAAUAUUCCAAACUUAAGACCCACAGUUUGCAGGCUACGUAGAAAUGAUGUGAAAGAAUCAGUGGAAAACCAAAUAUUCAGUUACAAUGGAAGCUGGCCGGAAAAUGGAACAAUUCAACUUCACGCAUGUUGUGACUUCUACUAUUCUGUGCGUUUUGUUGAAUUUUAUUGUACACUUUCCACAUUGGUGACCACAAACAUCACUGAUUCUUUUUCAAAACACGAACAAUUUUCAAUACUUCUUCAAUGA